UUAAGAAAAUUAGAAAAAAUAACCUUGAAUUAGUAACAGAAAUGUUACAAAUUGUUCAUUGACAAUUUAAAGUAAAUUUCGAGAAAUAAGUGAAUUAUUAAUAAAUAAUAAAUUAAUACAGAAUUUUCUUCAGACAAAUAUAAGAGGAGAAAAAAGUAAAAAAAAAAAGAAAAAAAAGUGGACAAAGUGUGACCCUGGAAUUAAAUAAAAAUAUACGCUGCAUGCAUCUCGUUAGUAAUAUCAGGCUUAAAUUGUAUCUUAACAUCUCUCUAGAGCACCCUUUUUUAUAUUUAAAAAAGCGUAAGGGUUGCGCCCUUCAUUUGAAAAACUGACAAGUGACCUUGGAAUUAAGUGAAAUCAGACGUGGAAAAAAAAAGUUUUGAAAGGGACCAAUUUUUCGUGAGAGACAAAGCAAUGGCCUCAAGUCCAAGGUUAUUUUCUUGAGUCAAUGCCGAUGAUACAAGCGAUCCGCGAAACUUCUUUCACUAGUGUUUCACUUGAGCAUCGUGUGUUGUGUAUAUAAUAUAAUAUACAGUAAGAUUUUUAUCCAACAACGUACGUAUUUCCCCCAUUUGAUAAUCCGCGCGUUUGGUGUCGUUGCCGAGUAAUUCCGAGAUUAAACGAAUUUAACCGAUGUCCCAAAGCUCCGAAUGAGUAUUUGGAGAGAGUGGUAGUGCGCCUCGGCGAGUAUAUCGCGUAAAAUGGAUUCACAAUUUGAUCGUUGAGAAAGAGUGAACAUGGGAAGGUCUAAAUUUCCCGGGAAACCGCCAAAGACGGUCACCAGGAAGCGUAUCAAAGUUCUCGCAUGGCCAGAAGCAACCCAAAGUGAUUCCGUAACCGUCGCCGAGAACAUCUACUACGGACUUUCCCUGUUCAAUGAGACGUUCGGUGACAACGAAAAGGAACAUCCACCGUUUCACGGUUUCAGCAGCAAAGAGGCUAAAUUAUCUGCGUCAUACAUAAAAACGCAACAGCAAGAUGGAAAAAAUAAUCCGAAGGACUUGUCGUCUUGUUCAGAUGAGAAUCUUCCCUCCUCAAGCAGUAUUGACGAGGACAAUGUAAAAAAUGCAAAAACUUCCUCGAGUGUAAAAGAAAAUGAUAAAAACGAUGUGCAAGAGAAUAAAGAUCCAAUAAAAAUCCAAGAAUUAGAAGCAAAAUCAACGAAAGUUGAUAAUUCCAGUGAAGAAGAAACAUCGUCGUCGUCGACAAAAGGAAAUAAAAAUGAGAAAAUUGAAAAAUUUUCCAAUUUUGUCAAAACACCGGUUUUAAAAUCAGUAAAUAAUAUUCUCGAUCGACAUCAUCGUACCAGGCAAUUGAGAAACAGUACAGCGAAACGUCUCCUUCAAAAGGCAAAAUCAAACAAUUCAAAUUCUCGUGGUCAACAGGUACAAUCUAACGAUAAAUCUGUCAAUGUACGAAAAUUUGUUUUGCCAAUACGCAGUGCACAUUCAUCCCGUGUGAUAAAACCAAACAAAAGAUUUAUCGAAGAAUUAGAGGAGAAAUCAACAACGGAGCACAGUGAAAAUGAUGUCAAGCAAACGAAAAAAGCGAAAAAAGGAAAAGACGAUGAAAAUUCAACAACAAACGAAAAAGAAACAAGAACAAAAUUCAAAAAAUUCCCCGCUCAUUCAAUAUUGAGUGCUCAAAAUUCACAAUCAAAAUGCAAUGAAAAAUUAACAAACGCACAAACAUUGAAAAUAUCACAAAAAACACAAAUUUCAUCAAUUUCGAAACAAAAAAUUCAAACUGGUAAAAAUUUCAAUGACCUACAAUCACUUGCCUCGCAAUGUCAAAAGAAUAAUUCUAUUCCCAUUAAAGUUCUUCCGGAUGUUAAUAUUCCAAAUUCAGAGUCUUCCAGAAUUCAAACAAGAUCAGGAGCUCUUAAUAAUGCGUCCAACAGUCAUAUUCCUUCCCCGAAAGUACCUGAUAAUGUUGAAUUAACAAUAUCCAGUGAUGAUAAUAAUAUCAACUGUGAAAGUAAUAGUGUAAAGGAUGAGAAAAAUAUUCAUGACGAGAGUGAUGAUAUUGCAACGAAUUGUAAAACGGAUGGUGGUGAUCAUUUUGAUUCGGAGAGUUCACUAUCGGAAAGUGGCAGUGAUCAUGGCAAUAAUUCCGAGGACGAACAAUCCGAAUGGACUGGGACAAAAUUAAGUGGAGGAAAGGUGAUUUUAAGAAAGGCGAGAUUGAAAUUAGAUAACAAGACUCUGGGUGGUACUGAGGGACCUUUCUCAAUGGCGAAUGUUCAAUGUGGCUCGAAUGGAAGUCCAAACACAGGACUCACUGGAACGGUGAAAUGUGGCGUUUGUGGAGCAGUGAGAUUCUAUCGUUUCGUGAAGCAGGCACGUAAAUUUGGCAUCUACAGUUGUGAGUCGUGUAGAAAAUUCAUCAGCAAAAUGAUAAAACGUCAGGCUUGCGCUAAAUCGACAAACAAUACACUGACAUGCCUUCAAUGUCACAAAGGCGAUGGAUUGUGUCUAGUGCCACCGGUUGUAAGAAGUCAACAAUGGAAUCUCAUGAGAUGCGUCUAUAAAGCACGAUGUCCAGCGUGUUGGUUAAAAAUGUGCUUAAAAUGCUACAAUAUACCCCCUAUUUUGCGUACUGGUUUAAACGCAAUGCUCCCACCAUUAAUGAGAGAUCCACUGACAAUAUCAUUGCCAUUGUGUCUAGACGUUGAUAGUGAUUUGCAAAAUCAAAAAUUGAUUGGUUGCAAUAUGGGAUGGCCUAAUGAGGAUUGUUUGGAGAAGAAUUUAUUUAAAUCGGCAAUGAAUUGGAAUAAUAUGGAACUUGGACAGAAAUCCAAUUACCAUGGUGGUAGUCUUGGUGGUUUUUUGACGAAGAAAACUGAUAAAUUUGAUUAUCCAGCGUCAGUGUCGCCAAUAAAGAAACGUAAAAAGGAAAAUCGAAUAAAGGUGCGUAAGAAAAUGAAAAAUCCUUCUGUUGUUCCAACGACGUUUAAUAAGGGUCAAGUGGCAUCGAGACAAAGGGUAGAAUUAAAAGGACCGAGAGUGAAGCAUGUGUGUAGAAGUGCGAGUGUUGCACUUGGACAACCGAUCGCUACGUUUCCAUCACCUGAUGGCAAGGACGAUGUUGAGGUCAGUAAAAUUGCACUGAGGGGACAAAAGGAUGGUGAGAAAAAUGAUAGAAAGGAGGAAGUUACCAGGGAAAAGGAGACGAAUAAAUCUAAUCAGGAGGGUAUUAUUUGCAAUAUUAAUUCCAAUCCGCAAUUACAAUCGAGAAGAGGCAAGAAUCAAAAUAAUUUGGCAGCGAAUGUUUCUGUGGAACGAUCAUUGCCGAAGCAGAUUGCAGAAACAGUUCACACUGUUUCAAUCGACUUUUGGGAGCAAUAUGAUCCAGCUCAGGUUGGAGCGAAAGGAUUUGCACUCAUUGGCUCCGAACUAUUUCACAUUCCUGCCAUUUGUUUUCUGUGCGGAAGUGCUGGUAAAGAGCCGCUUAUUCAUUGUCAGUGCUGUUGUGAGCCAUACCAUAUAUUUUGUUUGGAGCCAAGCGAAUGGAACGCUUGUAUUCAACCAAAUUGGUGUUGUCCACGAUGUACAGUAUGUCAGACAUGUCAACUUCGAUCGGGAACAAAAUUAUCCUGCAUCAGAUGUCGGCAAUCUUUUCAUUACUCAUGUUUUCCAAAGUCAGGUGUCAGUGCAAGAUUAUACAGUCCCGAUAGACCGUACGUGUGUCAAAGUUGCAUAAAAUGCAAAAGCUGCGGAAGUGAAGGCGUCAGUGUUUACGUGGGAAACCUUCCACUAUGCUCCAUGUGCUUCAAGUUACGUCAACGAGGAAAUUAUUGUCCACUUUGUCAAAGAUGCUACAACGAAAAUGAUUUUGACACUAAGAUGAUGGAAUGCAACGAAUGCUCCUGUUGGGUUCACGCUCACUGCGAAGGUCUUUCAGAUGAACGCUAUCAAAUCCUCAGCUAUCUACCAGAUACAAUUGAAUUCACCUGUCGUCAAUGCUCGUCAAAUCCGAAUUCAAUUUGGCGAAAUGCAAUCGAGGCUGAACUCAAGACAGGAUUUAUAGCCGUCGUGAAAGCUUUGGGCAAAAAUCGAAAAAUGUGCGCAGCUCUUCAAUGGAGUCCAAGAAAAGAGUGUCUAUGUCGACCGCUUCCAACAAUAAGAAAAUUGGAUUUCGAUGAAAAAUUCGACUUGUGUUUGACAAAUAGAAACAGUAUAAACGAUGACAUUGAAGAUGGCAUGAUUGAUAAAUUAGCAGGUGAAUCAAACGCAAGUUGUAGUUUUAAAGGGGAACUGAGUAGAUUUUCAGGCGAUUUAGAUGAGCAACCAGCAGAUAUUCCCAGACGUGGUUUACGAAGACUUCGGCAAAAAAUUCACACCAAGGAUUGUAAUGGAAAAAUGAAAAACCCCAGUGAUUUGAAGGAAGGCAACGAUCAGGAGACAACAAACGAUUGUAAUUGUUCGGAGCAACAAAUUAUCACGAGACCAUCGCCAACACUUUUGUCAGUGAAGCAAAAAGUCAAUGGCAACGAGUAUGGUUCACUUUCUCAAUUUCACUGUGACAUGGAACAUGUUAUUAAUCGUAUCGGUGCGUCGGAUUUAUUAGAAGCGUAUCAUAAUAUUCUGAAGGAAAUAUUUCCUUGGUUUGAUACACUUAUUUCGUCCCUGGAGAUGAACAGUUUUUCAACACCAUCUAAGGAGAUUGAUUCACCGGGAUUGAAAUUGGACAGCAGUAUUUUGGACGCUUGGAAGGAGGAAAUUUUAAGAUCGCCAAAAUCAAUAGGAAAAAUGGGAAAUGUUUACAGUAAUAUAAACAUUGAGGAUGCGAGAUCUUGUUCUUUGUGUAAAGGUCUUGGAGAUGGUCAAGAAUUGAAGGAAGGUCGUCUCUUGUAUUGCGGACAAAAUGAAUGGGUACAUUCGAAUUGUGCUCUUUGGUCCAAUGAAGUUUUUGAGGAGAUUGACGGUUCUCUGCAAAAUGUUCACAGUACAAUUUCAAGAGGACGUAUGAUUCGUUGCAGUGAGUGUGGAAAGAAAGGAGCGAGCGUUGGUUGCUGUUCGAGAAAUUGCAGUAAUACUUUUCAUUAUUCUUGCGCUAGGAAUGUGAAUAUGUUGUUUAAUGAUGACAAGACGGUGUUUUGCUCUCUACACGCGGACGAUUGUACGAGUAAGAAAAUACAGAAUGAAAAUGAUUUUUCUCUCAAGAGGCCCGUUUAUGUGGAAUUGGAUCGAAAGAAGAAGAAAUUCGCCGAACCGGAUAAAGUUAAGGUGAUGAUUGGCUCAUUGACUGUGGACUGUUUGGGAACAAUUUCUCCGGAAUUCUCGGAUGGAGUGGAGAAAAUCAUACCCAGUGGUUAUAAAUGCUCGAGACUCUAUUGGUCGACUGUGAAUCCUUUGAAAAUUGUCAGGUAUUAUAUCAGGACGUACGUUCAGGUAUUUGUGCCGGAAGUGUCAACUGAUUUGGAGAAUAAUGUGACGAUCGAUCAUUCGAUAGAGCAGAAGAUUGAGGAGGAGUUGAGAAUUCAAAAGUUGGAACUCUUGGCUGUUAAACAGACACUUGAUGGACUUAUUGAUACGGUUUGUAAUAAAGAGGUCGAUGAGAAUCUUGCCGAGCAAAAUAAUACAGAUCUUCUGCCGCCUGAAUUGAAGGAAGCUAUUUUUGAAGAUCUGCCCCACGAUCUACUGGAUGGCAUUUCAAUGCAAGACAUAUUUCCGAAAAUGAGCAUCGAAGAUUUUCUAGUCAUGGAUUUAAAAAACGACGCGUUUUCAACAGAGUUGCUGAAAGAUGAAAUGCUUCCGACAGAUGAGGAAUUGAAGGCUUCCAAGACGGACACGAUAUUGGAUUCAAAUUCGCAGAGCGACAAUUGGUUGGAGUCGAAGAAUUCUGAUCAGGAUCUAAUCGAUGAUGUUUUUGAUUCGAAGAGUCAACGACAUGGAAAAGAGGUACGACGUUCAAAAUCGGAAGUUGUUGGUGGUCAGAGAAAUCAACGUUCUUGUUCCUUGACAUGGAGUUGUAAACUGGACAGUAGUUAUGGUCCAACGAAGAGGAGAAAAGUGCCGAGGAAUUGUGGUUUGAAAUCGAGCGAUACGAAUAUCGAGACGCAAAAUGAUCAUCGAACGUCAAUGUUUCAUGAUUUGAGAAUUCCGGACAGUAUCAUGGUGACUGUUGGUCGAACGAGUACUUCGAAUAUUAUCUCCGAAUCGGUCAGGGAACUCAAGUAUUGUGUGGACGACACCAACAGCAUUAACUGCAGACUCUUGCCUUCUAAGGACGAGGCGAAGGAUCAUAAAAAUCUCUUGUGGCACGCGAGACAGCAGCCUAGGAUAGUGCAGGUCGAUGGUCCAGCGGACGCCAGCAGUGCCAGUGAAUGCAGCUCUCCGGAGUACAACCUCGAGGAGAGAAUUCUUCCAAACUGCUCUUCAAUGCCUCAACUCGACGGAGCCAAUGAUGACACUUCUCAAGACAGCAAACUCGAAGCAACAGAAACUGAAACGGACCCAAAAGACCUUUUAAAAUCGAGGCUCCAGAGGAUCUUCAAAUUCAGUGAAAUGGAGUCAAAGAAAAAAUUCCAUGACGAAGAAACGGGAACAAAAUUUUGUCUCAAAAUUCCUCAACUCGAUGGUGCGGAUGAUAUUUCCAGCGAUGAUGAGUGCCCGAAUCCGCAAAUAAAUGACGAGAUAAGUCCAUCGAUUCCAGACUUGAUUCCAGAAGAACUUGGAGAUCAACCCGUCAAGUGUAAACGAUGCCAGUGCACUUAUCGAACUGUGGACAGUUACAAUCGACAUCUGGCAAACUGUGACAUCAUGACAACAAGUGACAGCGACUCAGAAACGAUGGAUAAUAAAUUAGCCUCACCCGACUCAACAUUCUCGAUGUCUCCGCAAUUCGCCUCAAUGUCACCCUCAGAAGGUCACACGCUUCUCUCCGAAUAUCCCGACAUGCAAGUGACAUCCCCGCUGGAAGCUUCCUCUCCCCAUCCAAAUAUGCAAAUCGAACCAAUCGCACAGGCACUUAUUUCCCCACAAAUGCACACCCACGCAACUGUGGAAACUGUUCACCAAACAGUAUUAACCUCCAACGACAUGAUUGUCCAGACUCAAUACACAAGAACCACGACAACACUUCCAAAUUCUUCAGUCGUCCCACCACCACAACCAGAGACCGGAGUUCAAAUCACCGAAAUCGCAAGUCCAGAAUCACUCACCGAUUCCAAUUCUUCAUCUUCAAAUGUCGCGCAGAAUUUUUCCCCACCCAAUGUACAAAAUAUCGUCUCCAGGGAAAUUGUCCCCACACAAGCGGUGAAGGCGCCAAAGGUGAAAUCACCCAGAGCACCGAAACCGAGGACAAAAAGUAUUAGGGCUCCGAUUAUUCGGCAUUCCGGACAACCGACGAACAUGGGCAAUGUCAGGUGUCAAGCGAUUCAAAAUAAUCCACAAAUGAUUCAAUUACAACAAUCGCAGAGGCAAACAACGGCGGCACCCACCGUCAUUCUCCAGCAGGUCGCACCACAAAGUCUCAUGUCGGCUUAUGUUGAAACUCUACAACAACAGUCGGGACAAAAUUUGCAAUACAUUGCGGCAAUUGGUGGUCAACAUGAAACGGCAUUUAAACCACAAUUCAUCGCGACGAAUCAAUUGGUUCCUGGUUCCUAUAUUCAGACAACGCCGGAUAAUCUUCUUGCUCUACAAAAUGGGGGUAUUUCGGUUCUUCCGAGUGUACAAUUGGCGCAACCGCAACCAACAGUUUUGGGAACAAUAAUCCAACAGCAACCAAGUGCAAUUCAGUGCGGAGUGAUCUCCUCGGAGCAAUUGGUCCUCAGUUCGACGCCAACUUUGGAAAUGUUCACCGACUCCACAGGCAGUAUGUUCGUAUCAAGUCAGCCAAUGUAUUACGGAUUGGAAACAAUUGUCAGCAAUACGGUGAUGUCCUCGAGUCAAUUUGUCACUGGCACUGUACCUCAAGUUCUAGCGAGUAGUUAUCAAACGACAACCCAAGUAUUUCAAGCCUCGAAACUCAUGGAGCCAAUUGUCGACGUGCAAACAGUGUCAGCAAUGCCAAACGUACCCACAGUACAAGCAGUUCAAGGCGUACCUGGAAUGGCCGGAAGUUACGUUGUCGUCAAUCAACCAGCUCCCCUGACCGAAGCAAUUUCCACACCCCAAAUGAAUGUCUCAAAUCCCGAGACAAAUUUCACACCCGCCGCUUGCACACUCUCAUCAGCAAUAGCCCCGCAAACUGUCGAGUCAGUGAGACCAAUUCAAACACUCGAUCAAAUUCCCCAUCUCGACCAUCAAUCCGUGAGACCAAUUCACAAUUUAGAAGCAUCUUCUAUCAGACCAAUACACACUCUCGACGCAUCUUCCGUGAGACCAAUUCAAACAAUCGAACCCCCCCUUGUCGACAUACAAAAUCACUCUCUAAAAUCAAUGCAACAAGCCAUUCCAACAAUUCCAAGAGUUGCAGUUCGACCAAAUCCAUCAAUGCAAUUAAAUCCACCAGAAACAACAAUUACUGAACCUUGGAAAAUAACAGAACCAAUUCUCACCUCCGAGCAUUCAAUCAGCAACAGUAUCCGGCCUUAUUUCGACUCAAAACACGUGUCACAAAACACGAGCAUGAUUAAAUCAAGCAUAUCAAGCAAGAUUCCCCCCUUGCACAAUCAUUGCAUUACUCAUAGAAAUAUUGUAAAUAAAUAUAAUCAUCAUGAUGUAAAUAGUGUGCAUAGUACCUACAGUAGUUCCCUAACAAAUACUAAUUGUAAUAAUUUAACUCUAAAUAAUAGUCCGGUCAUAACAAUACCCAGUGCACAGAAUAAAAUAAUAAUGCCGACCCACAAUGCUCGACCAAUGAACAGGGUUCUACCCAUGCAAGCCGUCACUAAAUUAGAUUUCACAAAACCAAACCAAAAGUCUGAUAUUCCUUUGGAGGAGCCCACGAAACCGGAAAUUAAAUCCAUUGAGACUGAAAUUGUUCUACCACCGAAGGAAAUCAUCUCACCAGUGAUUAAACCCGAGAUUAAGCUAAAAAUAAAUAAUCUAGAAAUGAUCGUCAAUCAAACAACAAACGAUAAUUUCAAACUAUUGGAAGAAUUCGAAGAAAAUAAUAGGGAAAUUUACAAAGAAACCGCUGUACUCGAAAACGUAAUGAUCAGCCUCAAGGAAAGUGUUAAAGAAAAUCUCAACGAAAAUGUAAACGAACGAAACUCCCCAAAAAUGGAAUCACUUAAAGAAACACUAAAAGAUACACUGAAAGAUUCUCUGAAAGAUUCUCUUAAAGAUUCACUGAAAGAUACACUGAAAGAUUCUCUUAAAGAUUCACUGAAAGAUUCACUGAAAGAUUCUCUGAAAGAUUCACUGAAAGAUUCUCUGAAAGAUUCACUGAAAGAUUCUCUAAAAGAUACACUGAAGGAUUCACUAAAGUCACCGAACGAAAUUACAACCGAAAAUCUAAAAUUAAAAUCCACUUCCAUUCUCAUCAAUGAUAAUAUAAAGGAGACAAUAAAGGAGAACGCGAGGGAAACUAUCAAGGAAAUAAAAGAAAACGUUCGUGAGAGUAUAAAGGAAAUAAAAGAGUACGUACGAGAGAAUAUCAAGGAAAUGAAAGGGACAAUUAAAGAAAUAGCAAAAGUGAACAUGAAAGAAAUUGCCAAGGAGAACAUCAAGGAGAGCAUAAAAAUAAAGGAGAGCAAAAGAGAGAAAGAGAGUAUAAAGGAAAAUUUAAAAAAUCAAAAAAAUGAUCUCGAAUCCAAGGAAAAAUCCCCCUCGUCCCUAAAGAUAGUUCUACAAAAGCAAUUACAAGACGGCUCCUACAAAAUAACACACAAAUCCCCUCAACAACCACCGAAUCAAUUACAACUUUUGCCAAUCAAAACAUUCACGUUAAAAACAAACAGCGCUCUCAGUGAGAAAACAUCGACUAAUAACAAUAACAAUAGUGUUAAUCUCAUGAAAUUGAAAACACCACCGAUUGCUGUGAAGAAACCAAGACUUGCGUCAAAAGGAAUUAAAAAUAUGAAAACAGCAGCAGCAGGAGCAAAAGUACCAAUUUUAUCGCAGAAGAAAAAAUUAACCGGACCGAGUUUAAUGUAUGAAAUAAAAUCACAAGAUGGUUUCACUCAUACCGCAUCAUCCAUGACUGAAGUUUGGGAAACUGUAUUUCAAGCUGUUCAAAAUGCACGUAAAGCACAUAAUUUACCGCCAUUACCUCAUAAUCCAUUGUCGGAGAAUCUUGGAUUGGAAAAUAAUGCUUGUGUUUAUUUGGUGGAACAAUUGCCAGGUGUAAAUAGAUGUACAAAAUAUAAGCCGAAAUUUCAUAAUUUAACACCACCAAAACCAGGUGAAGGCGAUGGUGAUCUAUUAACUGAAUGUAUUAAUGGAGCUGCACGAGCUGAACCUUUCAAGGAGAGAAAAGUCCACGAUGUCUUUAGUUGGCUCGCUUCCAGGCAUCGACAACAACCGAAAUUAAUCGCCAUCACGGAAAAUGAAUCAAGAAGAGCUGCCAGCACGAAUUUGCCGAUGGCGAUGAGAUUUAGAAUUCUCAAGGAAACAUCAAAGGAAUCAGUUGGCGUUUAUCAUUCUCAUAUUCAUGGCAGAGGCCUCUUCUGUUUACGAGACAUCGAAGCCGGAGAAAUGGUCAUCGAGUAUGCCGGAGAAGUAAUUCGAGCUUCCCUGACGGACAAGCGUGAAAAAUAUUACGACAGCAAAAACAUUGGAUGCUACAUGUUUAAAAUAGAUGAUCAUCUCGUUGUCGAUGCCACUAUGAAAGGAAAUGCAGCAAGGUUUAUUAAUCAUUCGUGCGAGCCGAAUUGUUAUUCACGGGUGGUUGAUAUCCUAGGUAAGAAACAUAUUUUAAUUUUUGCUCUACGCCGCAUCGUUCAAGGAGAAGAAUUAACGUACGACUACAAAUUUCCAUUCGAGGAUAUUAAAAUACCGUGUACCUGCGGUUCACGCAGAUGUCGCAAAUACCUCAAUUGAGACUGCGUUUUCGAAACAAAAAAAAAAAAAAAUUAAUCUAAGAAACGCGUUUGGGCACAAAAAAGAAACAAAACAUUAAAUAUUUGUGUGCUGACAUUUGACUGCGUUUUUUGGGGACAGAAUUUUUUUUCUUUUUCAUUUUUUAUUUAAAAAAAAAGAAUGUUAAUCGGCGAUGAUCUAUUUUCAGAGAUGACAGCUUUUUAUUAUAAAGGCAUAAAAAAGGGGAUUAAAUGGGAGGGAAAUGAGAGAAAUGAAAUAUCUAUAGAUUUAUAGUUAAAUAGAAGGCCAGAUAUACAUAUUUACGUUGAAAAAGCAUUAUUGUUGAUGUUACCAUAAUUUUUUUUUGGCUAACACAACAAAUGCGUUAUGGUUGAUUUAAGGAGAAUACUUAUAUAGCAAUAACCUAUUAAAGAUUUUCUGCUUUCGCUCUAGAAAAGAACGUGCAAAUCGCUAUAAACUUAGUUUUUCAUUAUACGAAUUAUAAAGAAAAAAAAAAUAUCUCUUUGCACUUUUGUCCCACUAACGAGGCUUUCUCUACAAAAAAUAUAUAUAAAUUAGCACUUUAUUCCAAAAAGUGGAAAUUUCGUUAAUUGCAAAUUAUUAAUUAGUUUUGAAAAAUAUUUUGUUAACCAUGAUUAUACAACAUUUUAGUUAACAUUUUAGUUAACAUUUUGAUAAAAAUUAACAAAUCUAAAUUGACAACAAAUUUUUGUUGACAUUUUCAUUAAUGUUGAUAAUUAACCAACAUUUUCAGUUAACAUUUUAUUUAUAUUGAUAAUUAAUCAAAAUUUUUGUUAACAUUUGAUUAAUAUUGGUAAUUAAUCAAAAUUUUAGUUAACAUUUGAUUAAUAUUGGCAAUUAAUCAAAAUUUUAGUUAACAUUUGAAUAAUUGAGAAAGAAAGGAAUCGAUUCAGUUGACAUUUUUAUCAAGUAUCGUUGAGUU